GUGAAAGGUUGGCGUGCGGUCCACGCGUGCACGAUUUCGCAAGUCCCCGGAAAAUUGCCUUAUUUCCAUGAAAAUACUCUCCAAACUCCUCUCAAUUGUAGUGAAAAGUAGUGUAAAUCCCCUGUCACUUAAAUCAACUCAAUUGCGGUGCAUUUCUGUGAAUCUUGUAACCUUCCGGUGGAACGAAAAUUGGGGCACGAAGAAAUUGAACAGGAAAGUAAAGUUACACGAACAAUUCCUGAUCCAAAUGGCAGAUCCUGCGGUGGAAACGGUAUUGGCGCCUCUGCGGCAGUCGGUGAAACAGCAAGGCGACCUCGUGAGACAGCUGAAGGCCGAUGGGGCGCCUGAAUUGGACGUGAAGACCGCCGUGGCGGAGCUGAAGGCCCGGAAAAAAAUCCUGGAGGAUAAGGAGUUGGAGCUGAUGCCUCAGGCCGCGACGUUCGAUCGCUCGAGGAUGGAAGACUUGCUGAAAAGACGAUUCUUCUAUGAUCAGAGCUUCGCCAUUUACGGAGGCAUUUCCGGACAAUACGACUUCGGACCCAUGGGCUGCGCUCUAAAGGCCAACAUGCUGGCCGCUUGGAGACAGUUCUUCAUCCUGGAGGAGCAAAUGCUGGAAGUGGACUGCUCAAUUCUCACGCCCGAGUGCGUUCUGCAAGCUUCUGGGCAUGUGGAGAGAUUCGCUGAUCUUAUGACCAAGGAUGUGAAGUCGGGCGAAUGCUUCCGCCUCGAUCACUUGAUUAAGAACUCGCUGGAGAAGCUGGCUGCGGAGAAAACCGCCACAGCCGAGCUGAAGGCGGAGUGUCAAGAGAUCUGCGUGAAACUCGACGGGAUGUCCAAGGAUGAGAUGGCAGCGAUUCUCCGGAAGUUCAACAUGAAGUCUCCAACCACUGGCAAUGACCUCACCGAGCCGAUCGAGUUUAAUCUCAUGUUCGGCACGCAAAUUGGGCCAACGGGACUUAUAAAAGGGUUUCUGCGCCCUGAAACUGCUCAAGGUAUCUUCGUGAACUUCAAGAGGUUGCUGGAGUUCAAUCAGGGUCGCCUUCCGUUUGCCGCGGCGCAGAUCGGGAACGCCUUUCGCAAUGAAAUCUCCCCGCGCUCAGGCCUAAUUCGCGUGCGAGAAUUUACAAUGGCGGAAAUUGAGCACUUCUGUGAUCCGCGCGAGAAGAAUCAUCCCAAGUUUGUGGACGUGAAAGACACCAAGAUGAUGCUCUACUCGGCGUGCAAUCAGAUGGAUGGUCAGAGUGGCCAAGUGGUGGCGAUAGGAGACGCUGUGGCCGCCGGGCUGGUGGCGAAUGAGACGCUGGGAUACUUCAUGGCGCGCAUUCACCAGUUCCUACUCAAGGUGGGCAUUCGCCCUGAUCGUCUGCGCUUCCGGCAGCACAUGAGCAACGAGAUGGCUCACUAUGCAUGCGAUUGCUGGGACGCGGAGUGCCUGACAAGCUAUGGCUGGAUUGAGUGCGUCGGUUGCGCCGAUCGCUCCGCUUUCGAUCUCACGCAACACACGAACGCCACGAAAGUGCGUCUGGCGGCCGAGAAGCGCCUUCCGGAGCCUAAGACGAUGGAUGUGACGGAAGCCGUGCCCAACAAGCCGGCUAUCGGGAAGGUGUUCAAGAAAGACGCCAAAGCCAUUGUCGACGCCCUGGCGAAUCUCUCGCUUUCGGAUCUCCAAUCGCUGGAGAAUUCCCUCAACGAGGAUGGAGCCUUUGAUCUGCCGUUCGGCGAGACCUCCGCCAAACUGACGAAGGACAUGGUGAGCGUGAAGACGUCCUCGAAGACCGUGCACGUGGAGGAGAUCAUUCCCAGCGUCAUCGAGCCGUCCUUCGGCAUUGGCAGGAUCAUGUACGCUCUGCUGGAGCAGACAUUCCGCGUGCGCGAGGGCGAUGAGCAGAGAUGCUACUUCACACUGCCGCCAGUUGUGGCGCCGCUGAAGUGCUCGAUUCUGCCGCUGAGCAACAAUCCCGAUUUCGCACCCUUCACCAAGAGGAUCUCCGCCGAGCUGACCGGAUGCGAUGUGUCGCACAAGGUGGAUGAUUCCAGCGGAUCGAUCGGCAGGCGGUACGCGAGAACCGACGAGAUUGCCAUUCCCUACGGGAUCACGAUUGACUUCGAUACGCUGAAGGAGCCUCACAGCGUGACUCUGAGAGAGAGGGACUCGAUGGCUCAAGUGAGGAUUCCGGUGAACGAAAUUGCCGAUGUCGUGCGUCGCCUGGCUGUCGGCAGAUGCUUGUGGACGGAGAUCGAGGCACAGUAUCCCAAGUUUGAGCAGCAAGAGUCGUCUGCAAAGUAAUUCGUGCUUUUUAUCAAUAAAUUAUUCAACUGA